AAGAAAUAGAAAAAAAUGAUAGUUUUUUUUUUAUUCAUAUUUUAAUAUAGAAAAUCUGUAACGUAUACUUGUACCCAAAGUGGGUAUUAAAUACCGCUAAGUUUACGUUGUUACUAUCAAUUCAAUAUUUUUAUUUAUUCUUGAAAUGGCGGGUACAUAACAUAACCUGUAAGGAAGUCAAGAUGUGCUAUCAGAACGAAAAUACGAAAACUUCCUAGCAUAACUAUACUGCACAAACGCAGAAAUAGAAUGGUCCUACAAAACGUUAGCUGUAAUUUUAUUAAAUCUCUCAGUAAUGCAUACAUUAGACAAAACGAACGUAAUGGCAAUAAAUGUUCCCGAAGGUUGUACAUGGCAUUGUCUCUGCUUACCCCGCAAGAGGUCACUGCAAUUCUACAAGCUAACGAGUAUACCAAGGAAUUCGAUGGACAAAGCUCUAUAAAAUAUUACGACUCUAAUCAGUUGGCAUCUAAUAACCCUAUAGAAGAUAGUAGAUCAGAGGCCCAAUGCUUACUUACAAAAGGAAUUUUAUUGGGCGUGUUUGAUGGUCAUGGAGGUAGCACCUGCGCACAAGUCGUAUCAAAGAGACUUUUUCAUUAUAUAUCGGCAUGUUUGUUACCUAGAAAAUUACUGAAACAAUACCUGAACACAGUGAAUUCAAAUAAUAAAUUAGAACUUCUUCAAGUAUUUAGUGAUAAAGUGGAGUUUAUUUCUGAGAUUAAAAAUCUUUAUCAAACGAGCUUCUUAAAUUUUGUCAAGGAUUUAGCAGAAGUGGAAUGUACAAAAGAGUUUCAAAUGGAAACGGCUUUAGAGAAUGCGUUCCUCAGGUUAGACAAUGAUUUGUCGAAUGAAGCACUUUUAAACUUAGAUAAAAAGGAUAGUGCUAAAACCCUUGCUGUUGCAAUGUCCGGUGCUGUGGCUGCUGUUGCACACAUUGAUGGUCCGCACCUUCAUGUUGCUGGAGUCGGCGACUGCCAGGCAGUACUUGGUAUACUCUCCGAAGAUGAUGGUUGGUCUGCAAAAUUGAUGACCGUGGAACAUAAUGCCAAUAAUCGUGUAGAAGUUGAAAGAAUUUUGUUAGAACAUCCAGCAAAUGAAAAAACAACCGCAAUUAAAAUGGAACGACUUCUUGGUCAAUUAGCGCCUCUCCGUGCCCUGGGUGAUUUUCGGUAUAAAUGGAGCAAGAAAGUUUUACAGGAUGUAGCGGUACCGUAUUUUGGUGAAGCCGCGAUUCCACCAAGUUAUCAUACUCCGCCAUAUUUAACGGCGAAACCAGAAGUUAGAUAUCACAGGCUAACGCCUAGAGAUAAAUUUCUUAUAAUAGCGAGCGACGGCCUGUGGGACUUAAUAUCACCCUUACAGGCCGUGCGUUUAGUGGGCGAACAUAUGAGCGGAAAAGUAACACUGAGUCCGUUGAAAUUACCUCGCAAAUAUAUGAAACUUUCUGAUAUAAACAAAAUGUUGUUGCAACGUAAAGAGGGCUUAAAAAAGAAACCCCUUGAUAAUAAUGCAGCAACACACUUAUUGCGAAACGCACUCGGUGGCACAGAAUACGGUAUAGAACACACCAAAUUAUCGCAAUUAUUGACUUUACCUAGUGAAGUGGUACGAAUAUUUCGUGAUGAUAUUACGAUAACAGUUGUUUAUAUGGAUUCUGAAUUUUUAAGACACUGUCCUCCGUGAAUCAAGAAAACUUUUCUAUUAUAUUUGUACAUUCUUCUAUAAUUGACAUGGUUUUCGAACUCAACCGAAAACCAUCGA